UUAGACAAACACUUUAAAAGAGUGAGCUCACAUUUGCACAAAGCUCUGGUGUGUUAAAGAUGUUAAACUUCAGCAAGUGUCAUUCAAUACUCAUCACGGGAGCCAACAGAGGGCUCGGACUGGAGAUGGUCCGACAUUUGCUCAGUACCCCGGAAAGACCCAAAAAGAUAAUCGCAACCGCCCGGAAUCCAGACGCUGCAGAGGAUCUGCAAGCACUUGCCAAAUCUCACCCAGAGGUCCAUGUAGUAACUCUUGAUGUAACGAGUGAUGUAAGCGUGAAUGAUGCAGUUCAAGCAGUGAAGUCUAUUGUGGGUGCUGAUGGGUUAAAUUGUUUAAUUAAUAAUGCAGCUAUUAACAUCCACUGUGAUUUGGACACCGUCACCCGAGAUGUCAUGAUGAAAACAUAUGAGAGUAACACAGUGGCUCCUCUUUUUGUGACAAAGGCUUUUCUGCCAUUGCUGAGAGAGGCGGCGGGUCAGGGCAGUGGAAUGGGAAUUCACAGAUCGGCCGUGAUCAAUGUGUCCUCUAUUUUGGGGUCCGUUCAACUCAACUGGGGCGAGAUGGGAGCUCCUAAGCUUUACGCUUACAGGCCAACUAAGAGUGCGCUAAACAUGAUUACAAGAAGUUUGGCAGUUGAUCUGGAAGCAGAGGGAAUUUUAUGCGUCGCCCUGCACCCUGGUUGGGUGCGCACUGAUAUGGGCGGAGCAGAUGCAGAUAUGAGUGUGGAAGAGAGCAUAUCAUCAGUGUUGCCUGUUAUUUGUGGAUUAACCGAGAAAGAUCAUGGUGGAUUUGUGAGCUACAAUGGGAAAACAUUGCCCUGGUGAUCUCCACACAGUGUGCAAGUGUGAAUUUUUGGCGACCACUGAUAAACGAAUGGAUUAAAUAUUCAUGAAUUUCCUCUUUCCACUUGUUUCUAUAUCCCUGUAUGCAAGUCAAUGGUUUGGGUGUAGUGUUACAUAAAUUAUAUAAAUUUGUAAGGUUCUAUAAAAAGAUUAUUGUUAUGAUCCUAUGAUGAAAUGCAAUGGUGCGUUUAUACUGUCUUUAAAAUAAAUGCUGUUUGCUAAUAGCCUGUCAUGUUUUUUGACUUUUCAUGAAUAUAAAAAAUAUGGCAGACAGAUUGAGUCAAAUGCCAUUUAAGAAUU